AUGCUUCCACGCACCAAGUACAACCGCUUCAGGAAUGACUCGGUGACAUCGGUCGAUGACCUUCUCCACAACCUGUCGGUGAGCGGCAGCGGCGGCAAGGUCUCGGCGGAGCCUGCGGCGAGCCCCUACCUGGUGUCGGGCGAGGCGCUGCGCAAGGCGCCGGACGAUGGGCCCGGCAGCCUGGGCCACCUGCUCCACAAGGUGUCCCACUUGAAACUCUCCAGCUCCGGCCUGCGUGGCCUGUCGUCGGCUGCCCGGGAGCGGGCAGGAGCGCGGCUCUCGGGCAGCUGCAGCGCUCCCAGCCUGGCGGCCCCGGACGGUGGCAGCGCGACCCCCGGGUCCCGCGCCCCGGCCGCCAGCAUGAGCGCCACCAGGAAGAGCCGGGCCGGCGACGAGCCUCUGCCCAGGCCCCCGCACUCCAGUGACCAGGUGCUGGGGCCGGGAGUCACCUAUGUGGUCAAGUACUUGGGAUGCAUCGAAGUUCUGCGCUCAAUGAGGUCUCUUGACUUCAGUACAAGAACUCAGGUUACCAGGGAGGCCAUCAGCCGUGUCUGCGAAGCUGUACCAGGUGCCAAAGGAGCCUUCAAGAAGAGAAAGCCUCCGAGUAAAACGUUGUCCAGCAUCCUGGGGAAGAGCAACCUCCAGUUCGCGGGGAUGAGCAUCUCCCUGACCAUCUCCACCGCCAGCCUGAACCUGCGCACUCCUGACUCCAAACAGAUCAUAGCGAACCAUCAUAUGCGGUCCAUCUCCUUCGCCUCAGGGGGAGACCCGGACACAACAGACUAUGUUGCCUACGUCGCUAAGGACCCCGUCAAUCGCAGAGCUUGCCACAUUCUGGAAUGCUGUGACGGACUAGCCCAAGAUGUCAUUGGCUCCAUCGGACAAGCCUUUGAACUGCGGUUCAAACAGUAUUUGCAGUGCCCUUCCAAGAUUCCUGCUCUCCAGGACCGAAUGCAGAGUCUGGAUGAGCCAUGGGCUGAAGAAGAAGGAGACGGCGUUGAUCACCCAUACUACAACAGCGUUCCUAGCAAGAUGCCUCCUCCAGGGGGGUUCCUCGAUGCUAGAUUGAAAGCCAGACCCCACGCUCCUGAUACAGCCCAGUUUGCAGGAAAAGAGCAAACUUAUUACCAGGGAAGACACUUAGGAGAUGCAUUUGGUGAAGACUGGCAGCGAGCACCCACCAGGCAAGGCUCCUUGGAUAUCUAUAGCACCCCAGAAGGAAAAACUCACAUGGUUCCUGUAGGGGAAACACCAACCUAUGUCAACACCCAGCCAGGCCCACCACAGGUUUGGCCAGCAGCAACCAGCAGCACCGAGAGCAGCCCACGGAAGGACCUCUUUGACAUGAAGCCUUUUGAAGAUGCCCUCAGAAACCAGCCCCUGGGCCCUGUGUUGAGCAAAGCCGCAUCUGUGGAGUGCAUCAGCCCUGUCGCACCCAGAGCCCCGGAUGCCAAGAUGCUGGAGGAGCUUAAUGCUGAGCCUUGGUACCAAGGAGAGAUGAGCAGGAAGGAGGCAGAGGCCCUGCUACAGGAAGAUGGAGACUUCCUGGUCAGGAAGAGCACCACCAACCCUGGCUCCUUUGUCCUCACGGGCAUGCAUAAUGGUCAGGCCAAGCACCUGCUGCUGGUGGACCCAGAAGGCACGAUCCGGACAAAGGACAGAGUCUUUGACAGCAUCAGUCACCUCAUCAAUUACCACCUGGAGAGCAGCCUGCCCAUUGUCUCUGCCGGGAGUGAGCUCUGUCUCCAGCAACCUGUGGAGAGGAAACCCUGAGCUUGCCCAGCGCCCCAACCCCCAUACCUUAUGCCAGGUCAGGAGGACCUGGGCUCUGCUCUCUCAGCCUAUGGGAACUGGGGCAACUGUCUGUGGGCCCAUCACCUUCAAAAGCCCCCCAGGGAGGUUUCCAUCAAGUUCAAAUUUCAUACAUAUGUUCACACGACUCAGAUAUGCAUAUUAGAAGUGUAUAUACCCA